GCCGCCGCCGCCUCCCUGCGAUUCUUGGUUUCACUUCCUCCUCUUUCUCCUGCUGAGCCGUUCGCCUCCUAGCGCGAUGACCGUCGUCUCCGUCCCACAGCGGAGGCCGCUUGGCCUGGGCGGCCGCCUUGCGCCGCUUGGCUUUUCCGCCCGCGGUUACUUCGGGGCCCUCCCGAUGGUGACCACGGCUCCGCCGCCUUUACCCCGGAUCCCGGACCCCCGGGCACUACCCCCUACCCUGUUCCUCCCUCACUUCCUAGGGGGAGACGGCCCCUGUCUGACUCCGCAGCCUCGCGCUCCAGCUGCUCUGCCCAACUGCAGCCUGGCCACGGCAGGAGGCACCCCACGGGCAGCGCCAAAGAAGCGGCGAAAGAAGAAGGUGCGGGCUAGUCCUGCGGGGCAGCUGCCCAGCCGCUUCCACCAGUACCAGCAGCACCGGCCGAGUUUGGAGGGCAGCCGGAGCCUGGCGACGGGCCAGAGCGGAGCGCAGGAGAUCCCGGGCCAGGCCGCCGCCUCAGCCCCGGGCCGUGUGACUGCAACCCGAACCGAGGGAGCCAGCCUUGCCCCUGGGCCGCUGCGGCCCGCGGCGCCCGGACAACCCCCGCUCAGGAAAGAGGUUUUUAAAUCAAAGAUGGGAAAAUCGGAGAAAAUUACCCUUCCCCAUGGCCAGCUUGUUCAUGGUAUACACUUGUGUGAACAACCAAAGAUAAACAGACAGAAAAGCAAAUAUAACUUGCCACUAACCAAGAUCACCUCUACAAAAAGAAAUGAAAAUAACUUUUGGCAGGAUUCUGUUUCGUCUGAUAGAAUUCAGAAGCAGGAAAAAAAGCCUUUUAAAAAUACUGAGAACAUUAAAAAUAUGCAUUUGAAGAAAUCAGCAUUUCUAAAUGAAGUGAGCCAAAAGGAAAAUUAUGCUGGGGCAAAGUUUAGUGAUCCACCUUCUCCUAGUGUUCUUCCAAAACCACCUAGUCAUUGGAUGGGAAGCACCGUUGAAAAUUCCAACCAAAACAGGGAGCUGAUGGCGGUACACUUAAAAACGCUCCUAAAAGUUCAAGGUUAGAUUACAGUAUGUAUGUAAAACAUAGUUUUCCCUAUAUCCCUGGACGCUAAAAGAAAAUUGGUACAGAAAUGGAAAUUGCUUUGUUGCAACAUAUAAGUAUGAAAGAUGAGUUUUAAAAAAUCACAUACCAACAGCUUGUAUUAUAUUUUAUAUUUUGUAAAUACUGUAUACCAUGUAUUAUGUGUAUAUUGUUCAUACUUGAGAGGUACAUUAUAGUUUUGUUAUGAAAGUAUGUAUUUUGCCCUGCCCACAUGGCAGGUGUUUUGUAUAUAUACAAUGGAGAAAUUUUAAGUGUGUGCUAAGGCACAUGGAAGACCAAUUUAUUUGCACAAGGUACUGAGAUCUUUUUUUUUUUUUCCAAGAAACAGCUAUCAAAUCUCAAGGUGAAGAUCUAAAUGUGAAUGAACAUUUUACUAAUGCACUACUGAAGUUUAAAUCUAGGCACAAUCAUUAUGAACAUAGGGUUUGUCUGUGUUUCUCUAAAUUGAUUUUUGCCUUCUAAUCUGUAAUUACUGGAACACUUAUAUUCCCAUUUCUACCAAACUUAAUUUCUGGUUUUUGGUAUAUAUCCAUUCAAAUUUAAAUGCCUCUGAUUUUAAUUUUAAAGCCAACAAAAUCGGUUGUAAUCAAAUUUUAAAAUAAUAAUAAUUUGGCCCCCCCUUUUAAACUAGUCUUGACUCUUUGUGUGUGUGACUGUUUUUCAUGUUUGAAUGUGUGAUUAGAUAAUUUUAUGAAAGAGGACUUUAACUUUUUAUUUGCUGUGAAUAUCUUUUACUUACUAUGACUUAACCAUCCUUCCUCUAUGAAAUUUAGAAGAUUCAAUCAUUAAGAAAAUCUUUUUAAAAACUUAGUCUUGAUGUGCUACCAGCUUUUACGGCAGGUUGGUAAUAAAACCUGGGCCUCCCAUGUGGCUUCAGCCUCUUAAGUACAGUAGCAGUACCCAGCACAAACUGGGUGCUGGAUAGGCCAAAAAUCUAAUAAUUAACACUCCCUGAGAGUAGGAAUUUUCCAACUCAGAAGUGGAAAUGGUUAUGAGUUAGGAUAUAUUUUUAUAUGUGAGCUGUUUCAUAAAAGUGCCAUUUGACCUGCCUUUUUUCAAUGAAAAGAAAAUGACAUCACUUUGGUUUACUAAAUUUACAUUGAUCUUGAAUGAUGGUACUUCAAGCAUAAUUAAUAUUAAAAUGGUAGAGAUUUUUUUGCAUUCUGAAGUUUGCUUGAAGAUAAAUAUGGCAGUGUAAAAAUUUCAUUUUUGUUUUAAUAAUAUUUCUAACUGAAAAGUUGUAAAUUCAAC